GAGUAGAUGAGCAAGCAGGCGAGAGAGAGAGAGAGAGAGAGAGAGAGACACACACGUGUUUGUCCAUCCGUUCACUCACUUCAACCGGGUGCCAGUUUAAGGGAGAAGUGAGAGGCACUGGGCUGGAGACUGGACCAGAGGGGUGGCAGAGGCCGAGCACCCAGCUUUCAGCCAGCAUGCCGCAGAGGAAACGCAGCUUCACUUUCGGAGCCUAUGGAGGGGUUGACAAGACCUUCUCCAGGGCCAGGAGUUUAUGGAAACAGGAUGGAGGGGAUCGUGUCUCAAGCACACUAGCACCAGCUUCCUUCCAGUCCCCGCCUCCGCUGACCACUCUGCCGUUUGCGAAGACCACAGAAUUAUUUGAAAUGAUUGAGAAAGUGCAGAGCAACAGAAUGGAUGAGCAGAGGUACACCUUCCCUCCACCUCUUAAGACAGAAGAAGACUACAUCCCUUACCCCAGCGUCCACGAGGUGCUGGACCGCAAAAGCCCAUUCCCACUGAUCCUGCUGCCGCAGUUUGGCGGCUACUGGAUUGAGGGCACCAAUCAUGAGCUGAGCUAUGCCGCUGACCCAGAGCAGGUGGUGUCGCCCACGUCUCGCAUUAAGCUGGAGUGCAACACCAUGGCCGUCAUAUACAGGAAACACUUCCUGGGAAAGGAGCACUUCAAUUACUACUCAGUGGACAGUGUUCUCGGACACCUGGUCUUCUCGGUGAAGUACGACGUGAUCGGAGACCAGGAGCACCUCCGCCUCUUACUACGCACCAAGAUGAAAACCUAUCAUGAUGUGAUACCAAUAUCCUGCCUGACUGAGUUCCCCAAUGUUAUCCAGAUGGCCAAGCUCGCCUGUGAGGAGGUGAAUGUGGACCGUUUUUUCCCCGUGCUCUACCCAAAGGCUUCAAGGCUCAUUGUCACAUUUGACGAACACGUGAUCAGCAACAACUUCAAAUUUGGCGUCAUCUACCAAAAAUUUGGACAGACCACGGAGGAGGAGCUCUUCGGGAACAAUGUUGAGAGCACAGCCUUCGCAGAGUUUCUCGACUUCCUUGGCCAGAAGAUUGAGCUGCAUGAUUUUAAAGGGUUUCGAGGGGGGCUGGAUGUGACCCACGGGCAGACUGGCACAGAAUCCAUCUACCACAACUUCCGCAAUAACGAGAUCAUGUUUCACGUGUCGACUAAGCUGCCCUACACAGAGGGAGACACUCAGCAGCUGCAGAGGAAGAGACACAUAGGAAACGACAUUGUGGCCAUUGUGUUCCAAGAGGAGAACACCCCCUUUGUACCGGACAUGAUUGCAUCCAAUUUCCUACACGCCUACGUAGUGGUGCAGGUGGAAAAUCCAAGUUCAGACAAUGUCCUGUACAAGGUGUCCGUCACUGCGCGUGACGAUGUCCCCUUCUUUGGGCCAGCACUCCCUGACCCUGCUGUGUUUAGGAAGGGUCCAGAAUUUCACGAGUUUCUCUUGACAAAGCUCAUCAAUGCAGAAUACGCCUGUUACAAAGCUGAGAAGUUUGCCAAACUGGAGGAGCGUACGCGGACCGCCCUCCUGGAGACUCUCUAUGAGGAGCUACACAUCAACAGUCAGGCCAUGAUGGGCCUCGGGGCUGAGGAGGACAAGCUGGAGAACGGGGCUGGAGGAGGAGGGGGCUUCUUCGGGUCCUUCAAGCGGGUGAUCCGCAGCAGGAGCCAGUCCAUGGACGCCAUGGGGCUCAGUAGCCAUGGGGCUCACAGGAAACCACACACGGUCUCAACUAGUCACAGCGGCAGCUUUACCCACAAUCCUCCAGAGACACCCAAAACCCCAGGGAUCUCGUUGAUAAUCCCUGGGAAGAGCCCCACCAGGAAGAAAUCUGCCUCCUUCAACACUCGCCGGAGCAGCGCCAUUGGGAUCGAGAACAUCCAGGAGGUGCAGGAGGGAAGGAGAGAAUGCUCCCCUGGCACGCAGAAGACGCCCGACAGCGGCCACGCUUCACAGGACCCCAAAUCGGAGAACUCGUCGGAUCAGAGCUCACCCGAGGUGCCGACGACGAAGAACAGGGCCCCCUCCAUCCCCGAGGGCAAUGACCUGUCGCGCUCCUCGUCCAAUGCCAGCAGCUUUGCCAGCGUGGUGGAGGAGAACGAGACUGAGGCCACGGAGGAUUACGACACCGGCCUGGAGAGCCUCUCCUCAGCAGGGACACCUCACAAGCGGGAUUCCUUCACCUACAGCACUUGGCUGGAGGACAGUGUGAACAGUCCCUUUAACACCAGCAGGGGUGGCUCUCCAGCACCUGCCAGGGUUCCUGAGCCGUCCAGAACGGAGAUCCGCAUUAAACUGGAGCGUCCGCAGGAACAGAAGCCAGCACCGAUCUAUCACAGGAGGCACCGUGUCCAGGAGAUGAGGUGCUCCUCAGGCAAGGAGGUGGAAGAGGAGAAAGGAGGAGAAGGAGGAGUGGCUGAUGCACCGGGCGUCGUCCUUUUAACUUCCGCUCUAUUCACACACACACGUGACGGCGGCCACCUGGGGGGCCGUGCAAAAUGGAUCAGCGUGUGACGGAAAUAAGGGACCACAGGAAUGUCACGCUCUCGUGUCACAGUCACUUGCAUGUUCGUUUGUUUGUUCAUUCGUGACUUUCGCUAUAACGAGGUUCCCCGAUGCUGGUCCUGGGAACAUGGUUAGCGGAUUCCCUUCCUCAAACUGACCUACCAAACCUGGAAAACAGCUGGUGAGCUGAAUAAGGUGUUUUUGAGCAGGGAAAUCUGCAGAGUGUGUUGCAGGCUGGGCCCCCCAGGACUGGAACUGAGGAAACUCGCACAAUAUAAGCUUUAUCCAAGUUUUAUAGCAACAAAUGUUCCUCAUACAUUUUAGUCCCUCCCACCCGCGUCAGGCAACAUCAAGGAAGCUCACUAGCAAAUACAGUGGGCAGCUUUUUAAAAUGUAUUUAUUUAUAUGGUUCCACUGUGAAUUUGCUUUCAAAAGCGACAGGCCGACAGAUCUAGAACGCCAUAUGCAUAACGUAAAAGUGUACAAGACAAAAGUAAUUAAGCUGAACUUUGUCUAGAGGUGAGACAUGCGCUCACUUUAAUGACAAAGACAUUCGAGGGCAGAGUGUAAUUUACUUGCGACCGUUUUGAGUCUGUUGCGUGAACAGGGAGCAUCUUAAUUACACCGUAUCACAGACAGCAAUUUUGUUGAUACUGUUAGCAUAAAAUUAUACAUAGAACCGAACGGCGUUUUAUUUCCCCUUAUACGUAAACAAAUUUUAAAAGUGUUUUUAUUUUAGUAUGUUUCACUUUAAUUUUCGCCAUCAUCAUAAUCGUCGUAGAAAUGAGAACAAUCUCGUUGCUGAAUCAGCUCAGCGUUGUACGUUGUAGCCGCAUGUAUCAUUUUGGGAAAGAUGGAGGCUUUUGAUCAUAAAUUAUCGUGCUCCCCUGUGUUUCCCCAGUCAGCAGUAAAUCUCAGUAACCCCCCCCCCCCCCCCCCCCCAAAAAAAAAAAAAACGAAACCAUACUUUGUUAGUAAUAUAACCCUUCACCAGCUGCGGCUGGCCGUGUUUAGGGAGAGCAUCCAUGUUUGUUCAUUCGUGUAUUUAUUUUAACCAAGCUGCUUAUUGUAAAUAAUGAUCAGCAGUGUCCACAUGAGGCAUUAAUUUACGUUACGGUGGAUAUUUGCUGCCCGAUGGACCAAAAACCAUCGCUUUUCUCCUCAAAUCCAUUAUGUGGGGGAAAUGCUGUGGAGGAGACCAACGUAACGCAUAAAUCAUAAGAAACAAGUCAGUCAGCAGACUGCUGCUGACUGCUGAAUUGCUUAUACAUCCUUGCAAUGGAAUCGUAGUUAAAUGUUUAGUGCAACAGUAAUUUGCCAAAGUUAAACAACUCUUAAAGCAGUUGUACAUUAAUAUUUUACAACAAAUCCGCAUAAAUAUUUUUUGAUUCUCUGGGGAUUAUACUUUCCCUUAAGCGACCUUCCAUCUCUGUACUACAGCGAGCUUCUCCGUUUCUCGAUCUCGGCUCUAACGCUUUGCACACUGAGGCCUCCUGAGACACCGGAUAAAACUCUCUUCCCAACAUUUUUUCAGUCAGACGUAGCCUUGCGUUUUAUACACAUAACAUGACGUGAUUUGUGUGUACUGAGCUGGCCUUGAGCGUUCAUUAAUUUAAACCAGUAAAUAAUAUGGCAUUGAAAUGAAAGACCAGAGAAUUAUGAUCUAUAUACUGUGUUGUAUCUGUAUAACUAUAUUUAAGAAAAAUACUGUGCACUUGUUUUAUUUGUGUAUUUAAAGAUGUACGUAUAUAGUCUGUGUUUGUGACCGAUUUGUUACUUUCCAUAAGCGGCUGCCUUCAGUCCUGUGUAGUUAUUGUGCACUCAGGCUAAACCCCCAGCGACCUUUGGCUAAAACCGUCACUGUUCCUUGUAUAACUCGUACUAAACAGUUAAUUGCACCAGUUAAUUACAUUCAUUACAGGUCUUUCUUGGCUUGUAUUUGUCUGCUCAGCCUUGAUUUAUGGGUUGUUGGUUUAAUACUGUACAACAACAGAUGUCUCUUGUUUGUUGUUAAUGCGUAACCCUCUUUGAACGUUUCAUUCCUUUUUACACUGUGCAGUUAUAUAUAAAUAUGAAAAUGACUAUCGUACCUUUAAAGCAUGUGGUGAUGUAAGAUGCCUUGUACGUGACGGCCAGGAAUGGAGCCCUGAGAUCAGAGUGAAUGUAGAAGUGAAGUAGUGCUUCAGGCAUCUUCUGUUAGGAGAAGCAGAACCUCUAUGCAUUAUCUGGCCCGAAGACCAGCGUUGGUCAGUGCUCAUGUGGUGGGUUUUUAUGUCAGGCGCAGCAUUCAUCUAAGAACGAAAUUCAAAUGUUUAAUACACGUUUUUCAUGCAAGCUAACUCAUAGUAACAUAAAUAAUAUAAAGCAUAUUAUCCAGGCUAUUCCUCUUUUUCUUCCUAUAAUAACAAUAGCUAUUAGCUGUUUUUAAUAAUAAUAAUAACUAUUAUUAUUAUUAUUAUCGCCAUGAAUGCUGGCUCUGUUUUUUUCUGACUAUGUCUUUGCACAUUUCAAAAAUACUCAUGACUGUUCAGUGGACUAUUCUGUUUAGACAGCUAUAUAAAAGGAUACUCAGUAAAAUCAUGUUCCAUAUUGUAACACUACAAAUGAAUUGCUUUUGGGGCAGCUGUUUUGGGAAGGGCACCAUCUUAAGAACCUAAUCAAAAUUAAAUGACACUUUAAUCAUUGUGAAUUAUAUUAUAUUUAUGUAUUUUAAGUAAAACUACAAUUGCUCCCAGUUUUAUUUCAGUUCGUUUUAUUCAGUAAAAUAGGUUUUUAAGUAGAGCAUUUGUCUGUUAUAUUAUUCAAAGGGCCGUGGCGCCCCCUACUGUAAGGAAUUUGCUCCUGCUUCUUUGUGCACAAAUCCAUGCUGAUGAUCUACAGAGAACUUUGUUUAUAUUCUAAAUUAAUCAAACAUCUGGUCACACUGCAAUGUGCUAACAUAAAGUGAUGGUAUUUUUGUUCUGUUCAUUUAAUUUAAAUGAACCCUUGAAUGACAGCCUCAUUGUAACUGGCUUUCCUUUUUGUAAAUACAGCCAAGACAUAAUAAAUAUGACUGAUUAUUUUA